CCAGCUAAUAGACACAGGCGGGAAAUUUUCGCUUCGCCCGCAAAGGGGAAAAAAAAAAUCCCUCUUCAGAAACCCUACGCUGCCCUAAUCUCUCCUCCACUCCAACCAGAGCACCACCAUCUUCACAAAAUCCCUUGUGCUCUCUGUUUCAAACCAAGCCUCCUCCACUCCUCCAACCAGCACCACCCUCGCCCGCGCCUUCCUUCGCCCGCGCCACCCUCGCCCACCCUUUCCUUCGCCCGCGCCACCCUCGCCCGGCCCUUCCUUCGCCCGCGCCACCCUCGCUCAGGCCACCCUCGCCAGCGCCUUCCUUCGGCCGCGCCACCCUCGCCCGCGCCUUUCUUCGCCCGCGCCUUCCUUCGCCCGCGCCUUCCUUCGCCCGCAUCCUCUCAUGUUAAACUCCCUCUCCGCCUUCGUCGCCACUGGAAUAUUUCCCUCAUCGAUGUUGGCCAACGCUACUUCCGUUGCGGCGUGCUAGGAUCAAUUCCUUCACCCCUUUGUAGAGACCUCCACGACUUUUGUGCCUCAGUUGGACGCCUUGGUGCCAUUCUGCAAAGGAAUAUAAUGGAUAUCAUAUCUCAGCUACAAGAACAGGUAAACACCAUCGCCAUGCUCGCCCUAAACACCUUUGGAACACUCCGACGAGAUGCCCCACCGGUCCGACUAUCACCAGAUUAUCCCGAACCGCCAGCCACUAAUCCCUCUGAGGAGACGGUGAAUGUCGCUGAGCAAUCCAAAGCGAUGAGUGCAGCUCUGGUCCAAGCUGCGAAGAAGUUUGACAUGCUGGUUGUUGCAUUGCCAUUGUCGGGAGAGAAUGCUCAGUUGAAAAGAAUUGUCAAUGUAGAAAAGAAAACUAAAUCCUUCAAGUAGUGCAAAAUUGCCUAUCUGAUCUAUCUUUAAAGGACCGCAUUCGCAUAUUUCAUUUGCUUCAUUUGUUUUACUUUUCUUUGCACUAUUGUUGGAGCGAACUCGGUUUCUGCGAACCCAACAAACAUCCUCACCUAAUGGCACUAUUUAAGUUUGAAUGUGAAUAGUUUAAACGAGUUAAAUCGAUCAAUCAAUCGCUUAUUUUUAUGGUUCAGUUUGUAUGGUAUGGAGGUAAUUAAGCACUCAAAAGUUUUAUUCUGAAUAGUUAAUAAACAAAUGUUAAUUGUAAUAUUGCGUGUAUAAAGGGUGAAUGAUACUUCUUUAUAGUAUGUAUAAUAGUUGAAAUUAUUGUUCUUAUCAUAAUAUCAUCUCAUUUUAUUGAUUUUUUUGAGAAAUUAACUGAUCAGUUACAAUUUUAUCAUAAUAUCUAUGUUCUUAUCAUAAUAUCUAUGAUCCAGCUUCUGACUUUGUGCCCUACGAUUAGCUUCAGUUACAAUUUUAUCCUGAAAUUUUGAUUUAGUCCUCCAAGUUUUGUACUUGAUUGGACAUUAAUUUAACUUCCCUCCGAGAGUACCAGUUUUACAUUUCGUGCACUUUUUUUUUUUAAACGUAUUUAGAUUUUUAGAUAGUUAUUAUUUGGAUUAAGCUUCAUAAUUUAGGAUUUUUAGGUUACCCUGCUUGAGGUAGCUUUCCAUAUUUUGUAUUUGUGCAAUAUUGUUGUCAAGUAACCAGGGUUCUUCUUUAAUCUUGAAUGUUGCUUAUAGUGGAAAAGAUGAUAAGCUUGUCACUUUUCUG